AUGCUGAGUCGUCGUGCGCAGCCAUCUGGCGCUGGCCGAGGCUUAGGGGGAGCCCGCGGGGGUACAACGGGAGCCCCCCGCCGGGAGUUGACGGAGGAGCAGAAACGGGAAAUAAGGGAGGCCUUUGAUUUGUUUGACACGGACGGAUCAGGAUGCAUAGACGCUAAGGAGCUCAAGGUCGCAAUGAAAGCGCUUGGGUUUGAGGCUAAGAGAGAAGAGAUAAGAAAAGUCAUCGCUUCCGUGGAUGCGGAUGGAACAGGGACGAUCGAAUUCAGUGACUUCCUUUCCAUAAUGACUGAGAAGAUUCUGGCGCGCGACCCCAAGGAGGAAAUGCUGAAGGCCUUCCGUCUGUUUGAUGACGACGGGACAGGGAAGAUCACUUUUAAGAAUUUAAAGAGAGUCGCAAAGGAGAUCGGCGAAAGCAUCACUGACGAAGAAAUACAAGAGAUGAUAGAUGAAGCUGACAGAGAUGGGGAUGGGGAAAUAAAUGAAGAAGAGUUUUUGAGGGUGAUGCGGAAGUCCAAUCUUUUUUGA